UGUGGCAUUGCUUCUUCCAAACACUCAUCCCCCAAAACUCUCUCUCUCGUCUUUUAUUACUCAUUCUCCUUUCUUUAUUGCCUGAGCAGGUGGGUCACUGAAACUCUAAACUCACCUCGUUAAACAGAGAAACUUCCUCCCCACUCACCUUCACUUUCUCUCUCAUCAUCCCUCCAUUGCCUGAGCAGGUGGGUUACUGAAACUCUGAACUCACCUCGUUAAACAGAGAAACUUGCUCUCCACUCACCUUCACUUUCUCUCUCAUUCUCCCUCCAUGGAUAGCCCAAGUGUGACUACACAGGUCCGAACCCUCUGUCCCAGUAGCAGUGGAAGAAGGAGCAGCUUUUCCGCGUCGCCCGAGUUCGAGUUCUGGAUGGUCCGAAACCCGUCUUUCCCACAGCCCAAUCUCCUCUCCGCCGACGAACUCUUUGUAGACGGUGUCCUCCUCCCUCUCCAUCUUCUCCCCCACCACCACCCGGACCCAACUCAAGAGCCCGACCCAGAUCCUCCCAACUCAACCCCAGCUGUUACAAACCCAGAGCCAGCACGACCAGAGAGCUCACCCUCGGCAAUCACCGAGUCAACCGCCGUAUUAACCGGGUCGAAGCGGUGGAGAGAGAUUUUCAAGAAGAGUAGCACGAAAAACCCAGAAGGUAAAGAGAAAGAAAAGGAAAAAGACAGAGAAAAAAAGAAGACGGAGAAAGAGAGAAAGAGUGGCGGCGGCGGCGGAGCGAGCUCGGCCGAGUUGAACAUCAAUAUCUGGCCAUUUUCGCGGAGCAGAUCCGCCGGGAAUGCUGGGACUCGACCAAAGUCCGUAACCGGGGCUCCGGGUACCCGGAAGGUGAACAGCGCGCCGUGCUCACGCAGUAACUCGGCGGGUGAGUCCAAGUCGAAGAAGUGGCCGAGCAGUCCGGGCCGUGGGGGGGUCCAUCUGGGUCGGAGCAGCCCUGUUUGGCAGGUUCGCCGGGGUGGCGGAUCGGGUGUAAAGAGCUCCGAUCCCGCGGCUCGUGUUGCCGAGAGAGCAGCCAAAAAAGAUGUACCCGAGAAUCGCAGGAGCAGAACCGCCGCCAACGGAGGAAGUAGCUUGCCGAAAGCGAGGGUUUUGAACUUGAACGUCCCGAUAUGCAUUGGAUAUGGACACCAUUUGAGCUGUGGAAGCGAUGAGAAUAGCACUAUCAGUGGCGGCAAUAAUAGUCGUCGUAUUAUAAGCAGCGGUGGCACCGACGGUGGUAAGAGUGGCAACAUUGGAAAUGGUGGUAAUCUUUAUAACCUGCGAAGCCUCUUCACUAAGAAGGUGUAUUAAAUUGAAAGUAAUUAAUUAACACUCUCACAGAUUAUUUCUCUGAUAGUUGAGAGAUUAAUUUUUUUUAUGUUUUCUUUUGUAAACAAAUAAUUAGUUUGUUAA